UGAUAGUGAUAGUUGACACUCUUGACAGUUCCAACUCGAGCGAGGUUCAAACCGAUUCGCCGUAAAGUUGUUAGUGCAAAUUCUAAUAAAAUUCUUAUUAGAAUCUCAAGACUUCGUUAAUUUCUUUUUGUGAUACGAAGAUACGCUACGUCGACAGUAAAAUGGUGUACCAACGUGAACCGACUGUAGUGGGAGUGCCCAACUUCAAUGCGACCGAGGAUGCGGCCGCCCUAAGAGCCGCCAUGAAAGGUUUCGGCACAGACGAGCAGGCGAUCAUUGACAUCUUGACCACACGCUCCAAUGCCCAGCGACAAGCCAUCUCUAAGGCAUUUACCCACGAAUAUGGCAGGGACAUCAUUGAAGACCUAAAGUCUGAGUUAGGCGGCCAUUUUGAAGAUGUGAUUGUUGCCCUGAUGAUGCCCCCUGAGGAGUACCUGUGCAAGGAGCUGCACAAGUGCAUGGAGGGCAUGGGCACGGAUGAAGACACCCUCGUCGAGAUCCUCUGCACCAGGACCAAGCCCGAGAUUGCUGCAAUCGUGCAGGCUUAUGAAAGGAUGUACGACCGUCCCCUGGCCGAGCACAUGUGCUCAGAGACCUCCGGUGACUUCCGACGUCUACUGACCCUCAUUGUCACUGGGGCGCGGGACGAGGAGGUCGGAGUCGACCCUGUCAAGGCGAGGGAGGAUGCCCAGGCGCUUUACGAUGCUGGGGAGGCCAAGUGGGGAACUGAUGAGGAGGUCUUCAAUAGGAUCCUGGCCCACGAGAGCUUUGCCCAACUGAGUCAGAUCUUCGAGGAGUACAAGAACAUCUCCGGCCGUACCAUCGAGCAAGCCAUCAAGGCAGAGAUUGGAGGAGAGUUGAAAGACGCGCUCUCUGCUAUUGUGGAGUGUGUGGAAAGCGCGGCGGCUUGGUUCGCGACACGACUGCGGAAGGCGAUGCAGGGACUCGGCACCGACGACCGGACACUCAUCCGGAUCAUAGUCAGCCGCUCAGAGAUCGACCUCGGGGCCAUCAAGGCGGAGUACGAGAGACUGUACGAUAAGACCCUGGAGAGCGAGAUCAGGGGCGCCGGGACUUCGGACGAGGUCCUCGUCAGGGUCAUCACCAGCCGCGCCGAGAUAGACCUCGGCUCCAUCAAGGCAGAGUACGAACGAUUGUAUGAUAAGACCCUCCAGAGCGACCUCUCGCAGGGUGAAACUUCUGGAGACUACAAGCGCGCCUUGGUGGCGCUGCUGGGACCUGUUUAAGUUCGAAGAUGAGGACUUCUCCUGCAGGAAACAAGUAAAUGGAGAUCUAAAAAGUUUCCAAACCGGUUGAAAAUUGGGAUGUAACUUUGUUUGAUCUAAAUCGUAAUAGAAUCCUGUCAAAUAUAGGAUAGAUUGAGAAAUCCUGUAUAGUCUGUCAAUACUCGAAUAUUUGUAAUCUCUUCGUUUUGCUCUAUAGACCUCCAUUUAUUUGAGAAACCUGAAAAAUUAAGCUUCUGUGUCUUGUGCUGCAUAAUUGUAGAAUAAGUUACUUUAUGUCAAGUUGUGGACAUUUGUCUUUUACGAUAGUUUGCAUAUUAGCACCAUGUUACAUAUUUUAAGAAUAUUUAUGUAUUCGGUCUAAUUGGACGUAAAACUCUGUAGUACAUAAUAUGUUUAGUUUUAAAAUAUUAGUUUAAGCUCUAACUUGCUGGUUUAGGCAUACCUAGCGUUUCGAAUAAACUGAUUUUUAUUGUAUUGAUUUAAAAAGUAUCGAACA